UAUUACAUCCUCCAUGUUGAAAUGUCUGACAAGUGUCAGCAAAUACACCUUUAACCGAUGUCCGUUUUGUCAACCAGGAUGACCUUAAUUAUCAAAUGAAACUAUGCUGAGUCUGUGGCAACCCGGACGGAGGGACAACAGUACAGAUGGAGUACCGUAGUGUCGUCUACAACGCAGCUCGAGACGGCAAACUCGGCCGUCUUCGGAUAUAUCUUGACCGAAAAACUAAAGACGAGGUGUCAAAAUUAAUCCAUGCAAAAACAAAUGGGGCAACUCCUCUGAUAAUGGCUUGUCGUAAUGGUCAUCUUGAAGUUGUAAAGUACCUAGUUGAAUCAUGUACCGCAGACAUAGAACAAGUUGGGUCUGUCACUUUCGAUGGAGAGACGAUUGAGGGUGCCCCUCCCCUUUGGUGUGCUGCAGCAGCGGGCCACUUGGGGGUGGUGAUGUUUCUUGUUGAGAAAGGAGCGGGGGUCAAUAAGACAACAUACACAAACUCUACUCCUCUCAGAGCUGCAUGUUUUGAUGGACAUUUUGAGAUUGUGAAGUAUCUGGUUAAGCAUGAUGCUGACAUUGAAAUCGCCAAUCGCCAUGGCCACACAUGUUUGAUGAUAUCCUGCUAUAAGGGACACAAGGAAAUAGCUGAAUACCUCUUGCAACUUAAUGCAGAUGUCAAUAGAAAGAGUGUUAAAGGUAAUACUGCUCUUCAUGACUGUGCAGAGUCAGGUAGCUUGGAAAUCAUGAAGUUGCUUUUAAAACAUUUGGCUCGGAUGGAGAAGGAUGCUUAUGGGAUGACACCUCUCCUGGCUGCUGCAGUUGCAGGAUUCACCAAGAUUGUUGAGUUUCUUAUAGACAGGCGAGAGUGUUCUCGUGAACAGAAAAUUGAUGCCCUGGAACUGCUUGGUGCUACUUAUGUAGACAAGAAGAGGGAUAUGAUGGGUGCUAUUCACAUGUGGCGACAAGCAAUGGAGGAGAGAUACAAGGAAAGGAAUCGUCCAAUCUUGAAGCCAGAGACAGCAUCACCUAUAGCAGCAUAUGAAAAUGCUGUAGAAGUGACUUCCUGUGAUCAGCUGGAUGAUCUAAUAGCUGAUCCUGAUGAUAUGAGAAUGCAAGCAUUAUUAGUACGCGAACGUAUCUUAGGCCCAGCUCAUCCAGACACUUCCUAUUAUAUCCGGUAUCGUGGUGCAUUGUACGCAGAUAUGGGUAACUUUGACCGCUGUAUCAUGCUAUGGAUGUAUGCCUUAGACAUGCAGCAGCAGGUCCUAGAACCCCUUAGCCCAAUGACUCAAAGCAGUUUCUUAUCUUUUGCGGAAUUGUUUUCUUUUAUGACCACAGAGUGGAGAUACCGACCUCCACAUCCUGUGGACUUCAAAGACAUCAUGAAAGUUCUUGUUCGAGCUAUCCAUGAACUGAAAAAGGGAAAAGAGGUGUUGAUGAAGACCAAUGUCGCUGACCGAGAUAUUACCCACUUUCAUCGUCUACUUGUGAUAAUCAUGCACCUGCUGUGCUUAGUGUGUCGCUUACAGUCUCAGCUUGAGGAGGAACAGGAGCAUAGCUUCAAACAAACCGUCUAUGACUUUGUGCAGUUUGAUCCUCGGGGGUCUAAGGGUUAUACGCCACUCCACUUGGCAUGUGCGAAAGAAACAACUAAUGUUGGUCGUUACCCUGUGUGCAACUUCCCAACAAAUGAUGUUGUGCAACUGCUGGUAGAAGUAGGAUCUGAUGUUAAUGCUGUUGAUGUUGAUGGCAACUCGCCGCUUCACACUGCUGCCAGUAAUGUACAUACUACUCCAUCAAACCGCCCAUGUCGGGUAGAAAUUGUUCGGACUCUACUCAAGUCUGGGGCUCACUUAGACGCUUGUAACAAUGAUAGAAAGACUCCCAUGCAGCUGAUUCGAGGAAUGACAAUCAACGAUAUUGUGUCGCCACUAAGCUUUAUAAGCUUACAGUGCCUAGCUGCAAGGAAAAUCAUGAAGCACAGUCUGGACUAUAAAGAUAUUGUUCCAAAGAAGUUAGAAAGUUUUAUAGCAAUGCACUGACAGAGUGUGUGUUUUAUAUCAAACAGAAACAGCAGUGCUUGCGUUGUGUUUAUUUUUAUGCUUGUGGCUGUAGUGGCUCCUAUUUUGUUAUAUACUAGAUAUUUUCGCAAAGAGGUUUUGAGAAUUUAUUUUUAUGGGAUGAGAAUGACAGUGACUGUAAUUUACUUUUUCCAUAGACUUGAUUUACGUUGUGCCAAGAGCGUGACUAACCUUCCGUGCUCAUUCAAUAUUAUGACUCUAACCACGUCCAGUAAGGUCCCGUACAUCUGUGUUUGUCCAUACUGAAAACAUGUUUGUGAGUGAUCAUGGUGAUGUCAUACUAUAUCCAGCUGUGUAUUUCCAUGUUGCAUAUAUCAAUAGUCCUGUUGUUAGUUGUUUUCCAAAGAAAAUUCCUAUGACAAUUUUUUUUUCUUAUUUCAUUCAUGGAAAUGAUCAUUAGUAUUAUGUACAUCUCAGAUCUCCAGGAGUGAUCCGCUAAUUAACAGUUAUUUUGCGUUAGCCAUCAUGCACCUGUGCAGUAUCCUCUACAUCUAAUGGGAAGGGGCAGCAUAGCGGUUUCUGUGUCUGCUUGUCAUGCAGAGGACAUGGGUUUGCAGGGCUCGAUUUAGUGCUUUGUUACUUGCACUGGUGCAACGCAAUAUUACAAAGUGCAACCUAGUUAGCAGUCUAACUUGCACAAGGUGCAAGUCAAUUUUUGAGAAAUAAAUCAACAAUAAAUCUAACAUUAUAAGCAUAAAUAUGUCAGCUCAUUUUUCUUCUAAACUUUGAAUAGCUAUGGCACUGAAAAAUUGCUAUUCAUAUACACUUUUCGGCUAUGACAACUCUUGUAAACAGGGAUCAGCUGUGUCUCUGUGUUGCUAUGGUUUCAUAGGUACUAUAUCACGGAAAUAUGUUCCAAAACCUCUGACGUUUUAACACACUACGUUGCAACUGGAAUUUGGCUGGUGCAACUAGGUUUUAUCUUAGGUUGCACCUGGUGCAAGUAGGUUAACCUUUCUUAAAUCGAGCCCUGGUUUGAUUAUGCACACGGCCAUCGCUACAAUGUGAACAAAAUGUGCAGUCCAUGCAUGAUGAUCCCCUGCCAUGACUUGAAAAAAGAUUGAUAGACAGGAUAACAACAGCACAAUAGUUUUAAAACCUUACUCACUCAACCAUUCACCAGCUGUGGCUAACCUGGCAGUGUCUAGUAAUAUUUUUAUUUCCCUUAGCGUGUAUUGUUUAAUAGUCUGAGUGAUGAAGUAACUAUGACAUGCUCAAGUAAGAGGAGGUAUUGUCUUCAUGUUAACAUGGUUAAUGAGGCACUGUAAUACAGAAUAUAGUUUUCUCUUUGUCAGACCUUACUUUGAUCACCCAAACAUGGCCUGUGUACAUCCAGAUAUCUUUCACUACUUUCCUACUUUUAAACAUUAUACACAUGAUCGAUGGAAUUACUUUAACACAGAACACUAUGGGUGGGAUGAAUAUUUUAUUUCUUGUUUUGAAAUUUCGAACUUUAGGUGGAACAUUGCAGCAGCAUAAAACUAAAAAUAUGUUUUUACUCUUUCUUUUUUUCUUGUCUCCUUGUGUCUGACUUACUUAAGUAGUAUGUAACAAAACUGUUAAGGGGAAUAUGCAUGGUGUAGGUGGAAAUGAGAACACACAUGUGAUAGUGUGACUGUCAGUAUAGGAUUUCUACUAUCAGUAUAUCAUCACAUUUGUCCCUGCAUUAUCUAAUUGAAUGCUAGACUAUGAGCAUGAUAAGCUGAUAAGAAGUGCCCCUAUGGACAAUGAAAAUAGUUGGCAUAAUAGAUAUAGGGCUAAGGCUAACAUUGCUACUAAUUGGUCAAUGCAAUUAUGCAUUUCAGUUAUUUUAUUUCUCAUGGUAUUCAGGAAUGAUUAAUUAAGGUUUUCUUCUGUGUAUCCACAUAAAUAAGACUCCCAAGCAAUAAUUGCAGUAAUUGAUAAAGAUCUCGUGUGGUGAGUGAUUAACAUGGCAGACAUAGUUAUGUAAAUCUUGACUCAGCACCAUGAAGUAAGUUUGUGAGAUUUCUUGUUCAGUGGUUAGGGGACACAGGAGGCCUGUUUGUCAAAGUCACAGCAUUGUGUACAGAACUAUGUUGGCACCAAGCUUGUUGCUUUCUCCAAAAUGGU